UUUGCACUUGUAUAGAUGAGAAAGAAUAGGGAGGUAUCUGCAAAUUUAAGGAAUCAUAGGGGCCUCAUCUGCAAAAAAAACCUCACUGUGGAGAGAUGGCCCUACCUUCGAUUCCUGACGGCUCACAUUAGCAGAAGCCCCGCACCAGAACACAGAGACGCAAUUCACCGACUGCGAGACCACCGAAGAGCCGAACCCAUGGAUUCAGCUAUCAACGAGACGGACUUCCUGUCCUGCUGCGGGAGCACCAAAUUCGCCAAAGAGAUGGCCCGCGCCGCGCCUUUCGCGAGCUGCGAACAGGCGGUGGAAGCUGCAAGAGAGAUCUGGCGCAACAGAGUCGAUGUGAACGGAUGGCUCGAAGCCUUCGCUGCUCAUCCGCAGAUCGGCGACUCAUCUUCUUCGAUCAAGAAGACCGAGACGAGCGCUGAGUGGAGCAAAGGAGAGCAAUCAACUGCUCUGGCAACUGCUACCGAUUCUACUUUGCAGGAACUUUUUGAAUGGAAUGCUCUGUAUAGACAGAAGUUUGGAUUUGUUUUUCUUAUAUGUGCAUCUGGGAGGAGCUCACCAGAAAUACUUGCUGAAUUGAAGAAACGGUACCCCAACAGGCCGAUAGUUGAACUUGAGAUAGCGGGUGAGGAGCAGAUGAAAGUAACUGAGUUGCGUCUUGCCAAGCUUUUCACAGCUAAAGCAAAAACAACUUCUCCAGUCACUACUCAGCAUCCUGCUGUCCUUUCAGAGAAACCAAAAGAAGAUCGUUUGAGUGUAAUCGGCGCACAUUUGAUUGCAGCCACUGACCCUUCUCCUACAAAAGCAUCCCGUGUCUCUGGUCGGAGCCGUCCACCAAUUACAACCCAUGUCUUGGACGUAUCCCGCGGGCGUCCAGCUGCUGGCAUCGAGGUACAGUUGGAGAUGUGGGCUGGUGCUCAACAUCGCCCAUCUUUUGGUAAGAAGGAUUCUGGGGAGUGGGUGUUUCAAGGAUCUUCGGUUACAGACACUGAUGGCCGGAGCGGGGCUCUGAUGGGCAUCAUUGACAAUAUUACCCCUGGGAUUUACCGGAUAAGUUUCAACACUGGCAAAUACUCGCCAUCCGGCUUCUUCCCUUAUGUCUCUAUUGUGUUUGAGAUCAAGGAGUCGCAAACAGCAGAACAUUUUCAUGUACCCCUUCUGCUUUCACCAUUCUCCUUUUCUACAUACCGUGGGAGCUAGACCUCUGUUAUUGGCAUGUUUGAAAACCAUCUGCUUGGUGGAGAUCGGACAUUAUCUUCAUCUGCCGAAGCCAAUGCAACAAGGACACUCCGGUUUCUAGAAAAAACUGCUGUGUUGGAUGCCGGGAAGCCAACACAACAAUGAUACUCUAGAUUCUAGGAAAAACUGCUGCUUCAGAUGCCUGUGUAAAAUGCACUUGUGGUGCACAUGCUGCAUGACUGUAAGGAGAAAACCUCACUGUAUCCUUUCUUUUCGCUCUUGGUGGCAGUAUUUACCAUCUGUUUAUCUUUUGCAAUUAAGAGCUGAACUUUUUAUAUAAUAAUACAAUUUUCUUUCUUA